AUGGACGAGAUCCACGUCUCGUGGCAGGGCGCGGAGAAGCCAGCACCGUGCGACUUAUCGGGUCUCUUGUCGGUGAGGCGUCAAGUCGUCGAGAGAGCGCUUAUCUGGUUGAAGAAGAAUAACCCCCAUUACGCCGAUAUUGAGAUUGAUAGGGCGGAAAUGGAUAGCUGGGGAACACCAUCACACGGUGUGCCGCGGGUGGUCUACGACCGCAUGGAGCGGAACGAGCCGUCUGCGUGGGAGAAGACGCGAACGGCGCAGGUCGUGCCGCCCGCAGAGCGGGCCAUGGACGACGAUAGUCCGGCGGAGAUCGAAGGAGUCCUCGCCCAGCUCCUCCAAGGACAAGACGUAUUGGACAGGGGAGUCGAGAAUCCGAGGAGUGGAGCGGACGGGACUGACGAUGCUGAGCCCGAUGACAGAGCCAAAACGAUCAACGAGAUCACCUCUUCCGGCAUGUUUGCAUUGGACGGACCGCCGGAAGUGUCGGACGCAGAGAAGCUCCGCUUUGCGUGCAAUGCCGUGGGUGGCGAUGGGGCCGAGAACGACCGCAAGGGGCCGAGGGCAUGGAUAAGGUCGGCGGAGGCGGGUCAAGAAGGCACGGAUGUCCGCGAGCCAUACAUCCACGUUUGUCGCGGAGACGAAUUCGCCGACUCGCUCGACGCCUCGUUCUUCGCCAAGACCUUUCCCACCCUACUGCCGUUCGGAUUUGGAGGACCACGGCUCGCGGAGGAAGUCAUCUUAGGACCCGAGGGCCGGUCAAUUGGCGGUACGGCUGCUGGAGAAGAGACGGCGGCGCGAGAUCUUCUGUCGUCUCGGAACAUAAGCCUUCGGACCUGGGCCGGCAUUGUGCUGCGGCGCCAUGGUGGCCGAUUCGCGACGCAUACCAUCUUCUCGUUUCUCGUUUUCAAUAUGGAUGUGCGGUCGAAGAAUCGUCGGGUCAGCAUGCUCAGCGCGACGCGGAAGAACUUCGCCGAGGUGGAGCGCAUCGUACGGUCGCUGACAGCGGAUAGGUUAGCGGCCGCCAGGGCGGAGCUGGAGACGUCGGGCAAGACUACCGACGAUGGCGUCAAGGAGCUUCUAAGAUGCCUUUCGCUGUACGGCUAUCGGCAGCCCAUGUCGAGGGAGCUCCGUCUGAGCAUGCGGCGCAAGAUCCAGUCACUCAUCUUAUGUCGUGGCGUGCCUGCAAUCUGGUUCACGCUCAACCCGAACGACAUCACGAACCCGGUGAAGCUGAGACUGGCGGCAUACCGCACACGUGAUCCCGCAGCGGCCGAGGCAUUCCUGCAAGGCCUCGACAAGGCGUUCAAACGUGCGCGGCUGGCCAUCUCGGACCCGUUAAGCUCGGCCGAAUUCUUCCACCGAGAAAUGACGUUGUUCUUCGAACAUUACGUGAGAGUGGGCGAGGAGUCGGUGUUCGGGCGCAUCAGCCACUAUUACGGUGCCGUCGAGACCAACGAGCGUGGAGCGCUCCAUGUUCACGGACUGCUCUGGCUGCAGGGCAACGUGCAUCUAAGCUCGAUGCUUGCCGAUAUCGACGGCGAGGAUCAAGCGGCAUACCGAGAACGCAUCGUCAGAUACGUCGACAGUGUCUUUUCCGAGGAUCUGGACCAGGAAGGCUUCUGCGCAAUGCAGGCCGAGCGAUCGGUGACGUCAGAUAUAUCGCAAUUUCUGGGCGACGAACGGCAAUUUUCAGCCUCGUUCGACGAGGAAGCGAACUUCUGUGCCGGCGCGACGCAGAUCCAUACCCACAGCCCGACCUGCGUCAAGUACUCGCUGGGCAAAGGGGGGCGCAAGGGCGAUUUAUGUCGUUUCAAGGCGCCGUGGGGACUGGUCGACGAGACGGCCUUCACGGGAGACGGCGUGCUGCGGAUUCGGAGGUCGCACAGCAUGGUGAAUCGGUGGAACAAGGCCAUUGCCGUGGGCUUCGCCACAACCAUGACAUAUCUUUCAUCGUCACACAGCGUGGAGGACCCUGUAUGGAAGCGCGUCGCCGCCGCCGCGGAUCUCUUGCCUCCCAGGGCAGGUGACGGAAUGGCCGACGGCGCGGAGGUUCGUGGAGACAGUGGUGCCGGUGACGAUGGCAGGCAGAAUAAGACACGGCAGUUCCUGAUGAAGGUGGCGAAUCGCGUGUUUACGGAGAGGCCGUUAUCUGCUUGGGCGUUCCUGAACGUAUCGUUGCUCUACUGGCAAGUCUUCCGACAAUGGCCGCACCUUCGACGAGAAAGCGGCGCAGCCGUUGCAGAUGGCUCUGUGGACGAGUCAAUACUCGUCGAAGAAGCAGGCCAGAGGAUUUGCCGUGUCGAGGCAUACCGUCAUCGGGGAGACGUCCUUCGAGGGCUGUGUCUCUACGACUACGUUUCGCUGGUGCUCAGGCGACCGGGCAAGCAGGCCACGGUCUGCCUCGACGGGUAUUUGAGCAAGGAUUUCGACGAAGACGACGAAGGGUCGUGCUACCGAAGAGCGGCUGUGCAGCAUCUUGCGCUGUUCGUGCCGUGGGAGUCUUUCUUAGACGAAGAAAGGGGCGACAUCAACUGCAUAUGGGGGCGGCAACGAGCAGCCCUGGCCCCGAGGAUAUCAUGUUUCGUCGAUAACGUGCAGUUGCUGCGACGGUCGGCCGAAGAUGCAAAGCGGGACGCACGGCAGUGGGCGGCCUCGUCCGGUGACGGCGACCCCACGGCAGUACGUCCGGACGAGGACGGCACCGGGGAGGUGGGUGUCGAGCCCGGAUCGGGAUACCAGGCCGACAGUGCGGGAAGCACGAAUCGCCUAAUCGACGUUGUCAGAAGCUCGAUCGGGCCGAACCAAAUCACGGCCGGCUCGCCGGAGCUCACGGCGAUGAUGCAGGAGCUCAGCCGAUUUCAGCAAUCGGCGCUGUCCUCUUCUUCCGAGGUCCAGGCCACAAUACUACCCGAACGGGGCCCAAGACGAAUCAACAUCCCGGGCGGGCAUUCUCCGGAGCCACCAUACCGCCGCAAACCUGUCCACGGCACCGGUGACUGGUCGCCGCGCGGCGAUGACGGCAGCGGAGCUCGAGGAAGGAGUAGCGGGGCCAGCGCGGGAAUGGAGAUCCGGUUCGGUGCCUCAACCUCCUUCCUCGAGGCGGGCAAGGCCCUGGCAGCGCGGCUCACGCUAAACAAGAAGCAGGCGAUCGCCUUCCUAAUUAUAUGCCGCCAGCUUGACCUGAUACGGCGCGGGGAGAAAAGCAACGUACGCCAGCUGUGCCAGUUCGUCGGUGGAGAGGGCGGAACGGGCAAGUCACGAGUCAUCGAGGCGCUCGUCGAGCUCUUCGCGUCCAAGGAUCAAUCGAAUCGUCUGAUGAUAACGGCGACGUCGGGGACGGCAGCAGCGCGGAUCAACGGCAUUACGAUCCACUCCGCCUGCGGGUUCUCGAAAGAUCUCGCGGCAGCCGCAAACGCGGCCAAGGAUCUCGACGGGGUGCGACUGCCGAAACAGGCGGAGCGGUUCGUCGACGGGCAAUCCCGGAUGGACUGGCAGGAGAAGGACGUGCUCGUCAUCGACGAGGUGAGCAUGCUCGGGGCGCGGACGCUACACGCGGUGAACGAGCAGCUCUGCCGGCUGCGCGGGUCGCACCAGGAUUUUGGAGGUAUUCCGAUCGUCCUCUUCUGCGGAGACUUCCACCAAUUCCGCCCCGUCCAAGAACGCUCGAUCCUCCUCCCCAGCACCGCCGUCUCGUGGGACGUAGACAGCUCCUUCAAGGCCGAGACACGGCACCAGCACGACAAGGCGCACGCGUUGUGGAAGAGAUUCACGACCACGGUCAUGCUGGACGAGCAGGUGCGCGCCGCGGGAGAUCCGGAAUUGCAGAGGCUGCUAAGGCGGAUUCGACUGGGCGUGCAGGACCGCUCGGAUCUGGACCUCCUCAACUCAAGAUGCUACCGGGAAGGCAGGCGGAUCCCGUGGGAGACGUGCAUCACCGUGGUGACGCCGCUGAACAGGAACCGGUGGAACCUCAACAUGGAGGCCAGCUUGGCGUUCCGGGCCCAGCAGCGGUCAGUGAUGCGCAUCUUCAUCUCGGAUCAUACGUGGAAGGAGGCCCUGCCGACGGAGGAAGAGGCCAUCAUGAUGCUGAACCAGGGCGACGACAGCGCGAUCCCGGUGCCGGCCGUCUUCAUGUUCGUGCCGGGGAUGCCGGUCGUCGUGAACCAUAACACCCAUCAGGGGCUAAAGCUGGUGAACGGCGCCGGCUACACGGCGCUGGAGGUCGUCCUCGACAAGUCGUACCGGGGCAUCGUAUCACGGCAGACACGACGGUCCAUUUCGGGCACGGUCCUGUUGACGCCCAUGACGGUCAAAAUACAGUGCCAGCGAAAGAGGCCGUGGCAGCAGAACGACGUCAGCCGAAAGGGCCUGCCCUGUACGGCAGCCUUCGCGUGCACAGACUAUAAAGUGCAGGGCAGGACGCUCGAGCGUGUAGCUCUGGAGCUGCGGGGAACGCGGACGUCAAACAUCGACGGACGCGCCGUGUCCUCGCAGUGCGACCCGUACAGCCUGUACGUGCAGCUGUCUCGCUGCCCGACGCUGGACGGCAUUAUGCUGGUCUCGAAAUUGCGGGAGAGGGACCUGGUGGGCAACAAGGUGCCAGACGAGAUGACAGACGCAGAAGCGAGGCUGGGCCAGCUGAGCGACAAGACUGUCCGCGAGGCCUCGGGAUGGCUAGACGUUGAUUCCCUGGACUCUAAAGGCACGGGCCUGGACGUGUAG